GUUCUGGAUGCAGGUACUGCAAGGUCGUCUAUGGUGAGCAAGUUGUUAUCUAAAUGAUAUCAAGAGGAUUGAGCAGGGAGUCGACCCAAUUUACCCUACCCCCCCACCUUAGAAAUCUCGUUAUCAAUUGUCAAGUCGGAUCCCAACCAAGAUGUUUGCGGUCUACAGUCCGAUAUCGGUCAGGUCUUCGGGGCGUUAAGAGCAUCUGCAACAGACGCAAAACACAAAUUCCAGGUUACACAUUCCUCGUAUCCGUUGGAGACAAACUCAUCACACUGCCUCAUGGGGUAGGCUUCGAGAACAAUAGUGUAAAGCUAGAGGGCGCUCCUCAUGCGUGGGUUGCAUAUGGUAUGCACUAGGCAGCUCAUCACCGUUCAACCCACCGAGUAGAUGGUCGGAGUAUCAGGAGUAGAGGAUGAUUGUAGUCUGGAACAAAGGCAU